UGGCUUCGUGGCUCCCCCGGCACUGGAAAGACUGCUAUAUCAAAGAGUGUUGCCUCAACACUUGCCAAACGGCGCCGCUUGGCAGCGUCUUUCUUCUGGGACAAAAACCAAGUGGGAACAGGAGUCGAUUCGAUUAAGCACUUUCCCUCUACUCUUGCACGCCAGCUCGCGUUGUUUAACACCGAGUACGAGAGUCUUCUUGUCAAUCAGCUUCGACAGCCCUCUUCACUGGAGGAUAUUCUAGGCUCCACUCUGGAAAAGCAGAUGAGAGCUUGGAUCGUCGAACCCAUGCUUAAACUUCUAUCUCUGGGCGAGGAGCGCUUCAUCAUCGUCUUGGAUGGACUAGACGAGUGU